ACACUUUGAUUUUGCCAUUGCAGAGUUGAAGGAAAAUGGAGAAGAUGCAGAAGAAGAUAGCGAAAAGAUUUGAAGGCAAAGUUGCAAUCGUGACUGCUUCGACUCAAGGCAUCGGUUUCGGCAUCGCCGAGCGGCUUGCUUUGGAAGGUGCCUCCGUCGUCAUCUCUUCCCGCAAGCAGAAAAACGUGGAUGAGGCAGUUGGAAAGCUUAAAGCUAAUGGCAUACAGGUUUUGGGGGUCGUUUGUCAUGUAUCCAAUGCGCAGCAAAGGAAGAAUCUGAUAAACAAGACUGUUGAGAAAUAUGGAAAAAUAGAUGUGAUUGUAUCAAACGCUGCUGUAAAUCCAGUUAACAUGCCCUUGCUGCAAACCCAAGAAUCUAUUCUCGACAAGCUAUGGGAGACAAACGUCAAAGCAUCCAUACUUCUUCUGCAGGAUGCAGCUCCUCAUUUGCAGAAAGGUUCGUCGGUUAUAUUUGUUUCUUCACUUGGUGGAUAUCAACCGCAGCCUUCCAUGGCAAUGUAUGGCGUUACCAAGACAGCCCUUCUUGGCCUGACCAAGGCUCUCGCUGCUGAGAUGGCCCCUGAUAUUCGUGUAAAUUGUGUUGCCCCUGGUUUCGUACCCACCCGCUUUGCAGCAUACAUCACAGCAAACGAGACCACAAGGAAGACCUUUGAGAAGACUACCUUACUUAACAGGCUUGGCACUCCGGAAGAAAUAGCUGCUGCAACUGCUUUCUUGGCUUCGGAUGAUGCAUCUUAUAUUACAGGAGAAACUUUGAUUGUUGCAGGAGGAACCCCCUCUAGACUGUAGUUAAUUUCCUCUUCGUUAUUACUCUCCCUCCCUCCUUUAUCAAAUCUUCCUUUGUCCUUUUAAUCUCUGUAUUCAGUGUGCUAUUCCUAUCACAAACAUUUGGUUUAUUACCCUUUGAAGUGGAACAACUUCACAGGAAGAUUAAUAAAUGCUGGAUCAUUUCCUUUUUUUUCUUUUA